ACAUGCGUACGCGUAUGUUUGUAUUUGCGACACUACGGUGCGUCACACGGCAGUGAGUAAAGCGUGAACCGAGGACAAGGUGGAAGAAGAGAAAAGGGGGACCUCUUCACAGCUGGUCCGCUUGGAAAGAUUUCCAUAAAGGUGAAAGGCCGCUGGUGUCUGUGACAUGGCAAACCCUUUAAAGGGUGAAGUUAUCAGGCUGUACAAAACUCUGCUGUAUCUCGGCCGUGAAUACCCAAAGGGAGCAGCUUAUUUCAGAGGACGCCUAAAGUGCGCCUUUAUGAAGCACAAAGAUGAGACCGACCCUGAGAAAAUCCGACAGCUGGUUGCCAGGGGAGACCACGUCAUCAAAGAGCUGGAGGCCCUUUAUUUCCUCAGGAAAUAUCGUGCCAUGAAGAAGCGCUACUAUGAGCCUGAGAAUUAAGGACUGACUUUAUUCCCCCCCCCCCCCCCCACUGAACAGGGACACAUGGAGACGAGGAGGAACAAGCUGCAAUUCAAUUACUGUUCUCAAGGACUUUUAAUAAAACAUACUGAGUAAAAUUUCAGUGUAGUCUCAGGAGACGCCAACAGUUGGUCUUCAAAGAAUCUACUUUUCACUACUUUUUUUUAAUUUAUUUUUUAUUAAAGAUGUACCUUUAAACUGAAACUGCACAGAUGUGGUUUUAGAAGGGUCCCAACCCCACAGCGCGAGGCUGCCACCCUCAGUGAUUGACACAGUGCAGUAUUGUUUGCCAUUAAAGCCUCUUCUUGACAUAUUCAUGUGGCCAACUAGCCAGUCUUUGUCCAUUAACCAGCCAUACGUCUUUUCUCCAGAGCUGUCCAGCUUGUGCGCCAGAACAGAAAAGCAUGAGAUUUGGUGCAAAUCACAUUCUCUUUAGAUCAAUAAACUCACUUAUUUGUUUUCUUUGGAAUGUCAUUUUUAAGCUUCAAAGAGCCGUGUGGUCCCCGUCAUCAGUGGAUUGGUGAACUGAAUUGACUUUUUGUAUAAUGAACCGCUUUGGGCUAAUAAUGCUGUUCUGUAUUUACGCAUAUUUAUAAGAAAAUGGUCAAGUUGUGUCAGGAGUUAGUGUACUUUACUGUAUCAAAGCACUAUUUACAUAAAAUAAAAGUCGUUUUGAAUGCUGA